AUGGGCGCAGAAGCUCCACAGUGUGGAGGAAGACUAAAUGCGCCUCGGGUGGCCCAGGGUUGGCGUGGGGCGACUUCUGGGGAACGAGCCGGGUCGAGCCCCGAGAGCUGCGGAGGCCUCGGGCGGUCGCCUCCGACGCGGCCGCCGCACCUCCCCCGCUCCCGGCUGCCCCCCGGGACCGAUGUCGCGCGCUUGCGUGCUGCGGCCGCAGCUCCCGACCCAGAGGCCGCCCCGAGAAGCUCCGAGCGAGGAGGGGGCGGCGCGCAGGAAGGGAGGAGGGCGGGGGGCGUGCGGGGUUGGUGGGUGCUGGGGGGUGGAGAUGUAGAAGAGGUGACGCCGCGGCCCGGCCGGUGCCAGAGCAGCGGACGCGGUGCCCGCGGUUGCAGCCGGACCCGGGCGCUGCCGCUUGGCGAGGCGGCCCUCCCGAAAGCCGCGGAGACUCCCAGCCCUAAACCCCGGUCCCGAGCCCCGCGGCGCGCCGCGCUCCGGGGCAGACGCGGAGACGAGCUUCUGGGUCCUCUGACACCCCUGAGGCUGGGGGGCCGAGGCCGGGGCCGGGGCCGGGGCCGGGGCCGGGGGACGGCGGCGCCCCGCGCGGCUCCCGGGGCGCGGGCACCACGGCAGGGCCCCGGUGGGGCUAUGGCAGCCGGGAGCAUCACCACGCUGCCCGCCCUGCCGGAGGACGGCGGCAGCGGCGCCUUCCCGCCUGGCCACUUCAAGGACCCCAAGCGGCUGUACUGCAAAAACGGGGGCUUCUUCCUGCGCAUCCACCCCGACGGCCGAGUGGACGGGGUUCGGGAGAAGAGCGACCCUCACAUCAAACUGCAACUUCAAGCAGAAGAGAGAGGGGUUGUGUCUAUCAAAGGAGUCUGCGCAAACCGCUAUCUUGCCAUGAAGGAAGAUGGAAGAUUACUGGCUUCUAAAUGUGUUACGGAUGAGUGUUUCUUUUUUGAACGAUUGGAAUCUAAUAACUACAAUACUUAUCGGUCAAGGAAAUACUCCAGCUGGUAUGUGGCACUGAAACGAACUGGGCAGUAUAAACUUGGACCCAAAACAGGACCUGGGCAGAAAGCUAUACUUUUUCUUCCAAUGUCUGCUAAGAGCUGAUCUUAAUAGCAGCAUCUGAUCUCAUUUCACAUGAAGCACAGAUUUUAGAAAUUUGUGAAAGAAAAAAAUGUGUACAGUUCUGCUCAGUUUGGAUAAAGGGUCAGAUAAACCUUUUAUCUAAUAGUAAAUAUUUAACCAUUGCCUUAGUAAAAAAAAGCAUCAAAGAUCCCUGGAAAAAGUAUAGACUUCCACCUUUUAUAUAGCAUUUGCCUUUAUCCAGUGAAGCUUACUUAGAGCAACAAUCUUUUUCAUACAUUUGCUUCAUUUGAAAAGAGGCUUCUAAAAACAAGUCUUCUUCAUGGAAAUUAUACACCGAAAUUUAAAGUCUUAUUAGUUAACCCCAAAUGUCCACCACCUCUUAUAAAUGUAAAAUAAUGUGUACCAUAUUAUAAUUUACUUAAAAUUUUUUAAAACAUGCAAAAAUGGAUUUAAUGCAUUCCUAUCAUGGUUCUGUAAUUGUCUGGCAGUUCUUUGUGAUAGAGCUUAUAGAACAAGCCUGUGUAAACUGCUGGAAGUUCUUCUACGGUGAAAUCAAUCUUGUCAAACCCUUCUCUGUACCCGUAGAGAAGCAGCCUAGCAACUCUGCUGGUGAUGGGAGUUGUGUUUUCAGUCGUGGCCAGGUCAUGGAGGUCCAUCCACUCACACCUUAAGCAUUCAUGCUGGCAAAAAUUUAUGGUGAACGAAUAUGGCUUUAAGCGACAGAUGACAUACAUAUCUGACUUCCCAAAAGCUCCGGGAUUGGUGUGCUGUUGCCGAAUGCUCACAAGGGACCUGAAUUCUGAUUUUAUACCAGUCUCUUCAAAAACUUCUCGGACUGCUGUGUCUCCUAUAUAAAAGAAAGAUGUACAAACCAGUAAAGAUCACAGUUUUAGAAUUUUAAUCAUCAAAGAUUUUUAGAUAACGUAAUGUUAUCUAAAGGUUGAAAAGCAAAGCUUCAGCCUAAGAAAGUAUUCAACGUAAACUCCUUGCCUUCUGGACAUCCUGAAAUACCAAAGAUUUUUCUUACCACUGUGUAUCUAAGAAGCUUUUGAAAUAUUGAAUAUUUCUUUGGCUAUUUGUAGGCUUACCCACCUGUAUAUUUGUGGAGUCACAUUUUUAAUCUCUUCCUGCUCUUUCCCAAAAGUUGAAAACCUGGGUUCCUGCAGUUAAUAUUCCUACAUAUUUCUUAUUAUCCUGUUCCUGCUCAUCCAUCAAAACAACCUAAUAUACAUUUCAAUAUUGACAAAAAGUGAUCACUCUUCCUUACAAAAGUCUGUAGAGCUGCAGAAUGUAUUGAACGGAGAAGUGUUCAAAGCUUUCAUGGUGAUCCUGGGUGGGACUGUCAAGCCACUGAAGUCAUAGAACAGAUUCAUUAAUGACCAUACUGGGAUUCCACUGGCAAAACAAAAUGGUUAUUUGGGGCCUUUCCUUUGUUUGUUGAAUUCUAAGAACUUGGGUUUAUUCCUCCAACACCAACUGGCUGCAGUCACAUUAUCAAAAGUGUUCAAAAAACUUGCAGUGUACAGAAUUUUGUAAUAAUACAAGGACUUCACAUUUUAUAAGGCUGAUUUUUUAAAUAUUAUGCAAAUUUCUAGAGCAAAAUUUUUAUUGUGAUUAACAUUUUUGUGGUUGCUUUUUCUAAAUCCCCAGAUGAACCCCCUAAAUGGGCUUUCUCUAAUUUGGUGAUGUCUCCCACACUGUUUUAUGAAAACCCUUCAUAAAGCUGCCUUCUUUGCCCAGUUUGCUGGGAAGCUUCCUAAUUUCACAACUGCCACAGCCAGCAUUUUGCUCAAAGAUCCUUCUAUUUCCUUGUUUGCUGUAUAGAAAAUUUUACUUGUCUUAUCAGUUCUACUGUUGAAGAAUAGGUGAGGAAGAGGAAGUCAAAGAAAAAUGUCUCAAUUUCCACAUACUCUGACUAAAGACUAUCUUAACAAUUUCCUACA